AUGCUGUGCACUCCACUGAGAAUUGGUUAUAUUGUUGGCCUGGAAGCUCCACUAGUAAGUCGAGAGGAUUUGAGCAUAUCCACAUGUAGCUGUGAAGCUGAGAAACUUAAAUCCAGAUUGGCUGCUUCAGAUUCUGAGCCUGGGAAGAAUGAGAUUAAGCUUAAUCCACAUACUCUCAAUGACGCUCUCUGCAUCUCUUUGGAUUCAAUCUGGUUUUUGAGUGCAAAACAAGAGUUGUAUGGAAUUACUGGGUUGAUCAAGAAGAUCAUUGCUAAUGGGGCAUAUGACUUCACUAGAGCUGCACUUCGGACAUCUUUUCUUACUUCCCGUGUUUCUGCUUGCCAGAGUCGAACAAUGAGCCUGGCAGAUACUGUAACUGUGAUGGCACAGAGAGGCCAACACCCAAAUGUAGGGCAUGGGCAGAGUUUAAGCAGAAAGGGUAAGGAAAAGAAGGGGCGUAUGGGUGGGAAGGAUGGAGAGAAGGACUGCCUUGUGAAGUGA